CUCCCGUAGAGCUGGAGAUAUCUCCGGUGCGUCCGUCUAUCCGCGGACGUUACAAUACCGUACCAGUCAUGUCAUCUCCAUGUCAUCCGGCGGGGAGGAGGCCGCCUGCCAAUGGCCAUGCCAGUGGUCCUGAGGGAGAGGUAGUGAUUGGUGCAAUCCCCGGACCUCGGGCGCUUCUUAGGGCUCCACCCACGCGGGCUCAAGGGCUUGGUUUCCCCAGGCAUGAAAAGUCAAUCGGUAAUAGAGCUGUAAGGUUGAGAAAAUCCCUUCCUCGCUCUCAACCUGGACGAAUGGAAGCCAAAAAUUUCCCUUCAUCCUGACCCUGCAUUGGGUUUUCGUUGAGGCAAACCAACAGAACCAAUCCUUCUGCUUCCCCCGGAUCUCAAGCACCAAACCCCAGACCCCAAACCCCCGGCUUGCUGCCCUGCAACCGAAAAAAA